UAGAUUAGUGGGAGAGUCAGCGUUCAGCCAUUGCGACUCUGCUCCAACGACGCGUUGAACGCGAGUGAUCUGUACUUCGUUUGAUUAAUUAAUUAACGAAAUUAUUAUUUUUUCAUUCAGUAUUUCUCGAAGUAUCUGAUAAAACGGUGAUAAUCAUGAGUGACCGGCCAAGUAAUGGUGAAUACAAGUAUCAAAGGGAAGAAACUGUCGAUUCGAAGCUAAACAUUGUCGCAAAGGAACGUGAUGAAAAGGAACAUCAAGUUGACAAAGCCGGAGAAUAUGUCCGGGAACUUUUACAGGAAAAAGUUGAAUUGGAUUCGCAAAAAUGGCCUAAUGCAACCAGAUUAAUUGAUCAGGAGAUUCAAAAAACUCAAGCCAUUGGCAAACCAGUAAGAGAUCCAAAAUAUGUGGAUAUAUAUCGUGAAAAACCGAUUCGUGUUUCGGUCAAAGUAUUGGUACCCGUCCGGGAACAUCCAAAGUUCAAUUUUGUUGGAAAAUUACUGGGACCAAAAGGUAAUUCUAUGAAACGUUUACAAGAGGAAACGAUGUGCAAAAUGGCCGUAUUAGGAAGAGGAUCCAUGAAAGAUCGCCAAAAAGAAGAAGAAUAUCGCAUGUCUUUGGAUCCAAAAUACGCGCAUCUUUCGGACGAUCUUCAUGUGGAAAUAACAGCGCUUGCACCUCCGGCAGAGGCUUAUGCUCGUAUUGCAUUUGCAUUAGCCGAAGUUCGGAAAUAUCUUAUUCCCGACAACAAUGAUAACAUACGUCAAGAACAAAUGCGCGAAAUGGAAAUGAGUAUGGCAGACGACCCAACAAGUACUGAUGACAGAAGACCAUCCGUUAGAGGUGUACCAGGUGGUGGUGGAAUAUUAAGGCCAACCGCGAGACCAACAAUGCCUCGCUCUUCGCGAGCGGCGAUACUUCCACCGCCUUCGAGUCGAGGACCAAUCUCACGUCCCGUUUCAGCAAAAAGCAAAGUGUUCUCUAUUUUAGAUCGCGCAAGAGUCGCAAUGGAUCAAAGUUAUGGCUAUGAGACUGCUACUCCACCUCCGAGUAACCGUGUUGGUUCUCAUCAUGAUUACGAUUAUCACACAUCAACGGGCAGUAGCAGUCGAUAUGGAGACCGGCAUUACUCAUCGACGUCAGGGUGUAUAGAAGAAUACCGAGGGUUGCGUGGGAACACGUUUUCAUGGGUUGAAAUGUUUUAAUCUCCUUCUAUUUCUCUGUUCAGCGGAGUUUGAAGUGCCUUGAAAUUACGUGAGUAUAGUUUCAUUAUUGUGAAAUAAUACAUUAUAUUAGAAUUAGUUUUAAAAGUAUUGUAAUACAAAAGGUAUAAUUCAUAUUUAUUUUCACAAAUAAUAUAGCUAUUUAUUUUAUUUGCUAGCAUAAUAUUAUCUCAAGACACUUAGAUGAGUUUUUACUUUUUUGCUGGCAAUUUAAUAAGUAAUAGAGGAAGUAAUUUUAUAAAAUUUAGUCAGUAACAAAAGCAUCAAAUUUUUAUCAGCAUGUAUGUUUAAUUUGAUUUGCUUUGUUUGUUAGUUUCAUGCUAAAAUCUAUGAGAUAGUAAGACUUUCUUUCAGGCAAUGGAGUAUACAGACUAUGCACCACAUUACAUCAAUCGAAGAAAUGAUAUUUCAUUGUUAAGCAGUGACCGGUAUGGUGAAUGUUGAAAUAUGUAUUUUAAAUAUCUUUAAAAUUUAAUGUCAAAGUUCGUGAUCUUUUCUAUAUAGUAGACAAAAUUUUAAAACAGCAUUUAUUCGGUGUACUUUCGUGGUAUCGUAAAUUGUUAACGAGUAGAAUUAAAGACAAUUAACAAUACAUAAAAUAGUUCGCGAACUGCUUGUAGCAAUUUUAUUAGAUCUUCCAAUUCAAUUAGAUCUAAUUGGUGUCGAUAAAUGUAAUUUUUUGCUUUUUGUCUGAUUUAAAAUCUAUACAGAGAUAUUAAUUAACUUAUAAGUCAUUUAAACCGGUCAAGCUACAAGGUAAAAGGUGUCUUAACGUAAGGUAAAACAAAUUGUCAAAUUUAUUUCUAUAAUAUUUUAGGAAUAUAAAUCCAACUUUACGAUCUUAUAAUCAGUAUAAGUGUAUAUUGAAAAUAAAUAGAUCGAAA